UCAGGCCGCGCCCGGACGAGCGCUGAUCAGUCGGCUAAACUCAGCUGAAUGAGGGGUAAAAUCUAGGUGAGAUGGGGAUUAUCCGGAGCUGGAUACCGUCGAUUUACCCGGAUAUAUGUCUAGACAUUUCUAAAGAGACUAACAAGAUCAAAAGUAGUGCGGAGAACUAUAUUUGUUGGGUUGUUUACUAGUUAGCCGGCUGGCUACACAACUCGACAGGUAGACAAACUGCAUUAAGUCUGACUUGUAAAUAAAGAAAUUGUCUGACUCUUUAAUGAGAGUACAGAUUAAAUUUAAUCGUAAUUUAUUUAGAGAGCAUUAUUAUUAUUAUAUUAGGGGCGGGGAUGUUUAAUCAACUAAUGCUAAUUAACUACAUAGGACCAGAGACAAAGGGAUAAACACUGACGGGUCUCUUAGCACCAGACAGUUUAAAAGUUACACAAGGGGUUGAUUGUAAUUUAAGGGGACCAAAAGAGCAGGUCGUCGAGAAAAUAUUUGUUUAAAUGUGGGGAGACUGGAUCAGAAGAGAAGCACAUGGUUGUGGAGGGUUGGUCAUGGUGCUGGCUGCUGUGUUUUUCUUCUGCCUUUUAAAUGGAGUCACUGGUCAAGACGGGCAGACCAUGACUGCAGAGGAGAAGUCCAAAAUCAGGGACCAGAUUCUGGAGAUGUUCGAUCAUGCUUAUAACAGUUACAUGAAAUAUGCAUACCCAGCUGAUGAGUUGAUGCCACUCAGCUGUAGGGGGAGGGUGAGAGGGCUGGAACCAAAUCGAGGGGACAUUGAUGACUCUCUGGGAAAGUUCUCUUUAACAUUAAUAGACACUUUAGAUACCCUUGUGUUGUUAAAUAAACUGGAUGAGUUUGAGGAGGCGGUCAAAAAGACAGUCAGUGAUGUCAGGCUGGACAAUGACAUUGUUGUCUCUGUUUUUGAGACUAAUAUCCGUGUGCUGGGUGGCUUGUUGGGUGCACAUGUAAUGGCAGAUGUUCUGAAACAGCGUGGAGAGAGGAUGCAAUGGUACAGAGAUGAACUGCUGCACAUGGCCAAAGAAUUGGGCUUCCGCCUCCUGCCUGCCUUUAACACCACCAGUGGCCUUCCUUACCCUCGGGUAAACCUGCGGUAUGGCGUCCUCAACCCCCUCUCCCGUACAGGGACUGAGUCGGACACCUGCACUGCAUGCGCGGGGACCAUGAUCCUAGAAUUUGCAGCUCUCAGCCGACUCUCUGGAAACACAAUAUUUGAGGAACAUGCUCGGAAAGCUCUGGACGUCCUCUGGGAGAAGAGGCAAAGAGGAAGUGACCUCGUCGGCACGGUGAUCAACAUCCACAAUGGCGACUGGGUUCGCAGGGAUAGUGGUGUUGGUGCUGGAAUCGACUCUUAUUAUGAAUAUUUGAUGAAAGCAUAUAUUCUUCUUGGGGACAAGGUGUACCUUGAGAGGUUCAACACCCACUACAGUGCCAUUAUGAAGUACAUCAGCCAGCCUCCUCUGUUGCUCAACGUGCACAUGCACAACCCCACCGUGAACGUGCGCAGCUGGAUGGAUUCCUUGCUCGCCUUCUUUCCUGGACUACAGGUUCUAAGGGGAGAUUUGAAACCUGCCAUUGAGACACAUGAGAUGUUGUACCAAGUGACCAAACAGCACAAUUUCCUCCCUGAGGCUUUUACCUCAGAGUUCAGAGUCCACUGGGGGCAGCACCCUUUAAGACCGGAGUUUGCUGAGAGCACAUAUUUCCUUUAUAAAGCCACAGGUGAUCCGUACUACUUGAAAGUGGGCCAGUCUAUAGUGGAGAAGCUGAACGCUCAUGCGCGUGUCCCCUGUGGCUUCGCCGCAGUACAGGAUGUGAGGACAGGAACGCAUGAAGACAGGAUGGAUUCCUUCUUCCUGGCCGAGAUGUUUAAGUACCUCUACCUGCUCUUUUCAGAGAAGAGCCAGUUGCCUAUAGACAUUGAUGACUAUAUUUUUACUACUGAAGCUCACUUGCUUCCAAUAUCUUUGUCCUCGACCCAGCCCCACUGCCAUAGCAACAACACGGAACCUCAAGGAGCUCAUGCGGACGAUUUGUUUUCAUACUCCUGCCCCAGUGCUCAGACCCUGUUCCCCAACAACCCCACUUUUGCCAGGACUAUCAGAGAUGGCUACAAAUACCUCACCGGUGUGGGCAGAAUCCAGCAGAACUCGCCUAUCAGGGGGAUUGAACUGCCUCUUCAUGACACAGGCCUGGAGCCAGUGGAGUUUCUGAAGAGCAUGGGCAUCUCUCUAACACCCCUUACUGAGCUAACCUCUGCCAGUUUAGGUUCAGCAGCUCAGGACUCUCAGAAAGGUGUUUACAAGUUGAAGCUGGUUGCUGAGGUGAGCCAAACCCCUGAGCAUGAGGAAGUGGUCCCACUGAUUGUGCAGCUCAUUUCCCCUCCGUUUUUGGGUAGAACAGUCCUUACAGCUGGACCAGCAAAGUUUGGAAUGGACCUUGCCAAACAAGAGCACGGGGUGAAAGGCAGUAUUGUGAGGAGUGUUCCAUACACAGCAUGUGGGUCCAUUGAGAACGCAGUGGAGCUGCAGGGACACAUAGCGCUGGCAUUGAGAGGAGACUGCAUGUUUGCUGCUAAAGCUCGCCACCUGCAGGAAACAGGAGCCAUUGGAGUCAUCUUCAUUGAUCACAGAGAGGGCAGCAGCAGUGCUGAGACUCCACUGUUCCAGAUGGUUGGAGAUGGAGACUCUACAGAUGACAUCACCAUUCCUCUGGUGUUCCUCUUUAGUAAAGAAGGAGCUACACUCACUGCUGCUUUAGAGGAACAUCACAAUGUGGACGUCCUCCUGCUGCCCAAAGAGAAACAACUGGGGAAAGAGAAAUUGAACAUUAAAUUCCGUCUGGCUAAGGAUGGAGAGUUUGCCGAGGGGGAGGUGGAGAGCACAACCAUCCAGCUCGUUCUUGAGCAAAGCGAGGCAGCCACGGAGACGGACAUUAAUGGGAGAGAAGCCACAUCCUCAACACGGAACAACCAGGAGACCUGUGCUUCGUCACAGAAAGACCCCGAGAGCAGCCCCUGACAGUGGGACCAACCUGUGACCGUUUCCCUUCACAGAAUGCAGGGCUGUCACUGACCUCAGAUUAGGCAACGCAGGCAAAUUGUGUGAAGGAAAAUAUGUUUCUACCAUCUGAACUCCUUGUGGGGGGAACCAGAUAGUCAAACUCUCUCUUCCCCCUAUUAAUACUUAAAGAUGGUCUCCGCUUAUGUAGUUUAGAGUUGGAACCAUAUAGAUCUGCAGAGUCAAAGGGUAAGACAUGAAAAACUGUCUCCUUUAUUGAGUUAUUUGCUAAAUAUUCUUAAUGGUCUGCAGUGAAAAAGUCAAGUAAGAACAACUGGUUCUGUAUUAUAGAGGUUUACAAGAUGUUCUCUCACACCAAUUUAUCUGGAUCAGAGUUUAUUUGAAUGUUUCUUUUUCUUUCAUAGCAAAUCACAGGCUCGCAGUGCUGUUUUUAUUUUAUUUUUUUUAAUGUUUUUAUUCUUUAUCACAUUUAAGUGGCUUGAAGUCUUUAGGACAACCUUAACACAGGGCUCCUAUGACCAAACCGAAAAAACAGUGUUGUAGCCAUUAUAUUACAGAAGAUUUUUAAAUGGGGGAGAUUGGACCAAACUACUGUACAGUUUAACUCUCUCUCUCUCUCUCUCUCUCUCUCUCUCUCUCU